UCGCAUACGCUAACCGAGCAAACAUCGGCGUUUGUAACGACUUGGCAAGAAUUCUCCUAUUACCGAAGGUGCGCGAAGGUAUACAAGAAGCUCGAUCUCCGAGGAGAUUGAGUCUGAAAACUCAACGCCAACAUUCUCAAAGAUGUUUGCAUCGUUCUCCACGCUAUUCGCUACUUCUGCCGCCAUCGCAUGUAUCUUCACGCCUGUUGCUCAUGCCUCCCCGACAAGUGCGGGGCUAUCGACACGAGAUGACUACGCCCCAUCCCCAAUUCUGCCCAACGCACAAUCCGUUUGGACCAUUGGGGAACAAGGUCUCGUCACCUGGAAUAAAUCUCUUGUCCCGAGCACGGCGACCACCAUUCCCUGGAUUGAUCUAUAUGAGAGCUCGCCCUUCGGCUCGGCGGAAUGGGUGGUCAACCUUGCUCAGAACGCCGACCCCCAGCCUGACGAGGUCCUCGUGCCCGUUGUAGAGGUAGAUUCGGCUUACGCGGGUCGACGUCGACUUACUGCUCGUGCUCGUGCCCGCGCUCUCGCGGGCGGUUCUAUACUUGACUCGAAGGCGGGCGGAGGCGACAGCUCACGCGCGACAGGGGAAUGA